GUGAAAAUUAACAAGGAAAACCAUAUAAAAAAUGAAAAUUUAUUAAAACUAGUGAUUCAAAGUGUGUGUGUGAGAAUUUUCUCAUGAAUCUAGAUUGUCAGUCAACUGUUUCAAGCCUAAAGAAUGAAACAAUAAAAUCCAUCCAAAACUGCUGGAUUUAUAAUUUGUGUCUGCACUGCAGUAUUCACCAUAAUGUCAAAAAAUGUUAACAGCCCACAGCAGAGCCCACGUGAAGAUCUGGACAUUGAUGGGUCAACAUAUGCAUUACAGGUUGCUCUGCGCAACAUGAAGGAGCGCUACUACAAGCUGCAAAGGAAGCUCUCCUUCAUUGAAGAAGAAAAUCAAAGACUUGUUCAUGGCAAAACUGAGCUGUUUGGAGAAAUCGGUGUAAUGCAGGAAAGCAGCAUCAAACUGAGGGAGAAAAACCUACAGCUUAAUCAAGAGAUCCACACCAAACACCAGGAGAACUGUGCUCUCCGUGACACUUGCAACAGCCUCACUCAUCAGAAUGCAGCUCUUACCAGGGACAACAAGCGACUCAGAAACCAGAUCAGUCACAUGCGCGAGGUUCAUCGUGCCCUGCAGCAGCAUGCCCAGCUUGGUGGACUGAAUCUUCCAGAAAUGGAGGCUAUGGACACCUCAACUGAUGCAUUUGAGGAAGAAGCUCUGUGUGCCUCACCUAACAUCUCUCGUGCCAUGCCAGCGACUACAAACAGCAACGAUGACAGCAGCGAUGAAGGUUCUGCUGCACCUCUUGCUGAAAUACCACGUCCUGCAGUGACAGCUCCACGGCCGAGAUACCGGCACUCGCCCCCUCCCGCGAGUGACUCAGGCUCGUCUGAGGAGGAAGACUCGGACUGCGACUCAUCGUACGGCAGCCUGUACGCUGCCACGGAGGACGUGUCUGAUCGUAUGGACGUCAUCAUGGAUGAAGUGCAGAGACAAAACCUGGCCUUACGGGCGCUGCUUCCUACACUCAUUGCUUGUCUUGAUGUUGGGUCUGAGGGCGGCCACUGUGGCACCCUGCAGAGCCAGCGUGACCGCGAGCUGUCAACUCUCACCGUCAACCUGGGCAGGUGCCCACUGCCGGCGCAAACUGACUGCGAGGCGUACGACAUCCAGCCUGACGCGACAACAGAAUCUGGGGGCGGUGCAGUGAGCGAUGGCCCGCACAGCAGCAGCCCUCCCGUCAGGCGCCGCCACCACCUCUCCGAGUUCGUCGGUGGUGCCGAUCCUGGAGUGCGUGACAUUCCACCUCCUGAGGGUGCAGCUCCUGCCCUUCCUGGGGAAGUUACUAAGGGACCUGAGGGGACGAGGGGUGCUGGGGACAGAACCCAUCUCGCUGGGGGCCGAGGGCUCCCUGACGCUCCCUUUUCCCCCAACUUGCUCGCCCCCGCUGGGGCUUACGACGAGGAUACUAAAAUUUGUCCCAUGUGCAACGUGUCGUUCGCCAGGGACGUGACGCAGGACAUGUUCGAGAACCACGUCGUGGCGCACUUUGAGGACAUUAAUGUCGACUUCGAAGUUGUUUAAAUCAAAUAUAGCUCAUUUUUUAAUAAUAUGAUGCAAUAAAUAAAAUAUACGUUUAUGUCUGCAUUAAUCUAAGUACAGUAAUGACUUAGACUUGUAUAGAGGAAAUGCUUUCUGUGAAGUAGUGCCUUGAUAUUUUCAUCCUAUUGCUUCUAAGUACAACUUUUGUUUAACAUUUGCUUAUCGGGAGAGUUUUUGCUAUAGGAUUUUCAUAUAAUUGUUAAGUAAUAGAACAUUAUUUGCUGCGAGUCUCAUUAGGUGGAUUAAUUUACACGUACGCAGAACUUCUUGCCCUUCUGUCUCUCUCGUACGGCGGCCAACCUUCUUCACGUAGCGAUGCUCUUCUUACUCCUACGUGGGUCAUCCUGACUCAAUUUGUCUCAACAAAAAUGUGUAUCAGUGCUGUGGGUGCUCUUUGUACUGUGUGCUAGAAUGUGGGUCACUAUUUGAACUAUAAGAUCCACUAUUUAGCGAAUUUUCUCAUUUAUGGAAAAAAUGCACUAUUGUGCUCGUCGUGUC